CUCCUGGAUGGGACACGGGAACUUGUCGCCUGUUUUCGGGGCCUUGUCAAGACAGGAUGGUUUUACAAGAGAAACAUGCGGCGAGGGACCAGCUGCGAUUUGCAGAGGAGGAAGAAGAGAAGAACUUUCAGCUGAUUGUCAAAGAGACUUUCUUGGAGUAUGUGCCCGACAGGGAGGCAGACGAUGCCGCGAGCCACGCAGAAAGUGAGCCGGCCAAAGAAGUGAUGAAAAUCAAUGACUUGAGGAACUUGGGUUCAGCCACGGAUAGUGGAACAGAACCCUCGAAGCCAAUCCAGUCCAUCGAGUCCAUUGGUUCUCGCCUUCAUGAGUCAGGCCUUUGCAAGCCCUGCGCUUGGUUUUGGAAGCCGACUGGAUGUCGCAAUGGAACUGAGUGCAGGCAUUGCCAUAGCUGCACGCUUGGCGAAUUCAACCGUCGUAAACGUGAACGCCGGCGACUUUUUCGGCAGAAAGGCAGCCAGCAGCAGGUUCCAUAUGGGGAUGAGAGCCCUCUCUCACUCUCGCCGCGUUCCCCUCGGACGGAGCCUGAAACGGAUUGUCACGAACGUUGGCUUUCUCCUGAGCGCGGAGCUGCCGGGGGAUUUCAACGUGCUGUGACAUGGCCAGUAACAAGCUUUGACACGAACCAAGGCCGUCCAUUUGUAGCUGCCGUGCCGGUCAUGAUAAUUGCGAUGCCAGUGCCAGUACCCGUAGUACCUUCGGUGGUGAUCAGCAGGACACACUAGCAGUGAGAUCGCUGAAGUCCGCACCAAAGCACAGCCGCAAACUACAUGACUCUCCGAAAAUCUCCGAAAUAUGGAAUCCGGCGGAAUCCGGCGGAAUCCGGCAGAUUUUCUGAAACCCAGACAGGGUUUUCCCACAACCAAAGCUCUGUUGAGUGCAGCUACGGGUUUAUCCUCGGUGAUUGUGAACAGACAAAGUGGU